AUGUCGAGCCGUCGAUCUCGGUCAAGGCAUUCGGCCUCUUCUCGCAUCACUGAUGAGCAGAUGAAUGAGCUGAUCUCAAAGCUACAGACGCUGCUCCCAGAAGCCCGCCUGCACACAAAUGACCGGCCGGUGACCAAUGCAAAUGCAGCAAAGGUGUUGCAGGAGAUUUGUAGCUACAUAAGGAGCUUACACCGGGAGGUGGACAACCUUAGUGAGAGGCUGUCGGAGCUGUUAGAAACUACUGAUAACAAUAGUGCUCAGGCUGCCAUUAUAAGGAGCUUGCUCAUGUGAUGAUAAUUGUAGUAUUA